CAAAAGAAAGCCCCAAAAUCCCCGAAACCCUAGAAUUUCAAUCUCUCUCUAUCUCAAUUCCAAUGGCGCCCAAAGCCGAGAAGAAGCCCGCGGAGAAGAAGCCGGCCGAGAAGACCACGGUGGCCGAGAAAGCCCCGGCGGAGAAGAAGCCCAAGGCCGGAAAGAAGCUCCCGAAGGAAGCCGGAGCGGCCGCCGGAGACAAGAAGAAGAAGAGGGCCAAGAAGAGCGUCGAGACCUACAAGAUCUACAUCUUCAAGGUCCUGAAGCAGGUCCACCCUGACAUCGGAAUCUCCAGCAAGGCCAUGGGCAUCAUGAACAGCUUCAUCAACGACAUCUUCGAGAAGCUGGCUCAGGAGUCGUCGAGGCUCGCCAGGUACAACAAGAAGCCGACGAUUACUUCCCGGGAGAUCCAGACGGCGGUGAGGCUUGUGCUUCCCGGUGAAUUGGCUAAGCAUGCUGUUUCUGAGGGGACUAAGGCGGUGACCAAGUUCACAAGCUCUUGAAGGAUCCGGAGGGGGUUCGAUUUGGCUGGCUGGCUGGCUCUGUGUGCUUUUUAGGGUUAGGGUUUCUGAUUAGUAAUUAUGUAUUUUCGUCUUAUCUCUAUGUAAGUUUGUAGGAAAUGAAAUGAAUGAAAUGUGGUGGUUCGUAAAUUAUGUCUCA